UGUUUUUCCCCAUCCCUAAUCUUCCGGAUUGCGGGGCUGGGCGCUCUCAAUGCUGCGGGGCAGAUCGGUGCCUCGAUUGACGCGCUGUGAUUAGGCAUAGCAAGGAUCGUCUCAGGUAUUCUGGAAGAAUGUCGAGCGAUGGGGCGGAUCGGAGGCUGCGGAGCCGGACCAGCUCGUGGACUGGAUCUCAGAAGAGCGCGGGGCAGUCGUCCCAGCCAAGAUUGGCGUCCAAGCGAGCGGCAUUGGACGAUGGUCGGGCUUGGAGCAGCGGCGGCAGCAGCAGCAGCAGCGCCGUUACGGCGCUUUCCCAGGGCAAGAAGCGGGCGGCAUUGUCGAGCCUCUCCAACUCGGCCAACGUCCCAGCCAUGCGAGCUACAGUGACCCCGAAAUCCCAGAUUGUGGUUACAAAGCCAAAGUCUCGUGGGCUUCACGAGAAGAAGGCCUCGAAGAAAGUCUCCAAGCCCGUCGUCAAGGCUGUGGCGAUUGAAUCGGUGCCAGACAAGAGUGAUAGUGUAGCUGAGGUGGGGGUGGAGAAUCUGGAGUCCCCGGCUGUGAAGGCUGACCCUCAAGCUGUCCUCUCUCUUGAACGAAAGACCGUCCAGAGUUUGUACAUUUCGAGGGAGCCCAAAGAGACCGAAUUGCAGCAGGGAGUUGCAAGCAGCAAUUCCAUUGAUGCGUUGAAGGACAUCGAUGCUGGGAUCAAGGAUCCACAGAUGUGUGGGCUAUAUGCUACAGACAUAUACCAGCAUCUUCGAAUGGCUGAGCUCAAGAGGAGGCCGUCGACGAACUUCAUGGAAUUCAUACAACAAGAUAUCAACCCCGGUAUGCGAGGGAUACUUGUAGACUGGCUUGUGGAGGUUGCUGAAGAGUAUAAACUGGUUCCAGACACGCUAUACCUUACUGUGUCCUACAUCGAUCGCUUCCUUUCUGCGAACGUCGUCAGUCGGCAACGGUUACAGCUGCUGGGAGUCUCUUGCAUGCUUAUUGCGUCGAAGUACGAGGAGAUAUGUGCGCCCCAGGUGGAGGAAUUCUGCUAUAUCACCGAUAACACGUACUCAAAGUCGGAGCUCGUUGACAUGGAGAGGCAAGUGCUCUGCCAGUUGCGGUUUGAGCUCACAACUCCGACAAUUAAGACAUUCAUCCGACGAUUUAUGAGGGCUGCUCAGGCAGCGUACCAGGAACCAUCUCUUCAGCUGGAGUUUCUUGGAAAUUAUCUAGCAGAACUUAGUCUUGUGGAGUACAGCUUCUUAAAAUACAUGCCGUCGAUGAUUGCUGCAUCAGCCGUUUUCCUGGCGAGGCUUACUCAUAAUCCUGCGGCAAAGCCUUGGGAUGCAACAUUGUCUCGUUACACCCGCUACAAAGCCUCGGAAUUGUCAGAAUGUGUGGCUGAUAUGUAUGAUCUACAGCGGAACAUCAAAGGCUGCGGACUGCCAGCAACUAGAGAAAAAUACAAGCAACACAAGUUCAAGUGUGUCUCAAGUUUGCAACCCCCGGUUUUGGCUCCCGAACACUUUCAAGACGACGUGUAGAAAUAAGCCACCACGCUCGAGCUCGAGCUUCUAUCCUGUGCUCCCAGAAAUGCGAGGAGGAGCCGUCUGUAAACUACAGAACCUUAUAAAUUAUCACGAAAGCUCCUUUUAUUUCGGUAAAA